GUUAUCAACAAUCAGUAUAUUGCCUACACUCAGUGGAGAGUUACCAUUCGAGCGCGUGUGUUGGUGUGAACAGUGAAAUGGUGCGUUUUAUUUUGUGUGUGUAAUCUAUAAUUGAAAAAUAGUUUUGACUAUUUUAACUUAAGACAGUUUAUUUACUAUUUUUUGGAUAUUGCUAAAAACUUGGCUCAAAAUGCCAGCGUUCUCAGGAGUUAAUUCUGAAUCUAAUGAAAUGUUUGACCCUUCACAAGACUGGAGUAUCUACAAAGCCACAUCACUACUAUCAGACUCGGUCUCUCUUUACGAUGACGCCGAAUUGUUUCGUCAAGUGGAGAGUGAAUAUCAGCCUCCGACCUACGGACUACCUCCAAAGACCAUUAAAACAGAGCCGCUGGCAGAGCUGUGUCCACCAGACGUACAGCACUACGGAGACUGGCAGUCCAAGUACAUUGACCACUGGACACCUGAAGACUGUCUGUUCUGGGUCAUACACGAGCUACAUAACCUCAAAGUCGGCCGCAACCUACCAGAGGUAAAAAUUGAGAAAUUGGCACACAUCAACGGCGUAAUGCUGAAACACAUGAGUGCGGAAGAGUUUUGCCAAAACUUCCCUGACCAUGGUAAGGAGCUGUACAUGAGGCUGCAGAGGUUCAAGUCACCCUACGUUUACAACAGUAUGUUCAGCGUAGACCAGUGGAACAACCCGAGGCAUGAGGACGAGUACAGCAGGUAUCGCAUUGAACAGUCUCAGUCUCGUACAGACAACCACAUGGACACCAGCAGUCCACCACAUGAGAGUCACACACUCACAGACCUGGACGAGUCCCACUUGCACACUCCUGCGUUUAAAUCAUCUACAGCCACCGCCCCUCCAUACUCCUCACCAUCAGAGGUUGAUAGUGGUUACAAGUCAGAUUCCAGUGAAGAGACGACAGUCAAUGAGCCUCCCCCUCCCCCUGAGAAGAGAAGACCAGGCAGACCUCGCGGCACACGGAGGAAGAAGAAACCAGAAAAGCUUGGACGACUGUGGGAGUUUAUCAGAGACCUGUUACUCAACCCAUUGUACAACCCUAGCCUCAUAUGUUGGGAGAACUACGACGAGGGAACGUUCAGGUUCGUCCACAGUGACCGUGUAGCCAAACUGUGGGGCAGCAAGAAAGACAACAUCGACAUGAACUACGAGAAACUCAGCCGUGCCAUGAGAUACUACUACAAGAGCCAAGUUUUACUCCCAGUAUAUGGCAAGCGGCUUGUUUACAAGUUUGGUCCCACAGCUACGGGCUGGCGGUCAGAACGGCCCAUCUUCCGUCAGGGGUAAACCUCACCUACCUCUCAGACAAACAGGGUACUGCGCACCUCGACCAUUCCUAGUCCUAUUGUUAUGUUUUGUAGACUUAAGUUAAAGCCAGAUGCUAAGACGUUUUUACACAUGUGAUUCUUCCUUAACCGUAAAACAUAGCGAUUGUAAUCUCUUUUGUUUAAAAUGUUGGCCAUGAAUUUGUUUCUCAAUACAAUUUACAUAAAGUAACGUUUUGAAUUUAUGAAAAAAAAUAGGAUUAACAAGAAACAUAGAUCUCAAGGACAGAGUUAUAAAUUUUAAACUGUGAGUGUUAAAUAUUCUGAUUAGAAGUUGUUUUAUCAUUCCUUUUGUUUGUAAAAGUUUUUGAUCAAACCUUUUAAUGUUUUAAUGUUCAUGGUUUAAAGUUCCUUCAACACAUGACCGCCAAAUUAAAGAAUUUUUCUUAAUCUCAAGUUUUGACAUUAGAUUUUAAAAUAUUCUUAGAUUUAGUAAUUUAAGAACAAAUUUUUUGAAAAUAAGUGAUUUUAAUUGAAUUUUUUAACUCUUGGGGCCUACUUAGCUUAUAAAAUGAUGCUCAUGAAUUUUAUUGAUAGAAGUAUCAAGCUCAAUGCUAUUUGUAAAAUAUUUAAAUAAAAUGCAUUCUAUUUUGUAAUAUCAAAUACAUUAAAAUGAAUGGAGAAUAUAUUCUUAUUUGUCUAAUUGGAGUAAUUUUAUUUUUAAGAAAUACAUGUUUUAAACGUAAUUCUCUUUUGGUGGUUAGAUGUGUACAACUUUUUUCUGUGAUAAUAAAAGUUUGUUGUAUAUAGAUGUUAACAUUCUACCACAAAAUACCUAUGUAUAUAAGCUAUGUAUACCAUUGUUAUCUUUAUUUAGUAAGCCAUUUGUUCCCAAAGGCAAAUAGUUGAUAGUUAUCUUGAAGCAAUUUUAUGAAUUUUGCAACAAUUUGUAUGAACCAAGUAUUCUUAGAAUAUUUUUAUAUUUCUGAGUGUUGUUGUUUUAGCUUGCAAACGAAGCUAACUUAUUCAAUAUUAUUUCACGUUAUAUUUAUUGUUAAUUUUUUAUGUUGAAAUAAACUGUACAUCACAGUAA